AUGGCAGCAUCUACUUUAACUACAAAUUCCGGAUAUUUAUCCGGAAUUGAACCCCUAAUUGGUACAAACUUCAACACUUGGAUAGAUCAAGUCAAAUUGACUCUUGGAGUUAUGGAUCUGGAUCAUGCUUUGAGACUAGAACGACCCGCUGCCCUUACCGACAAAAGUUUGCUGGAUGAAAAAAGGGCAUAUGAAUUAUGGGAUCGAUCAAACAGAAUGUCUCUUAUGAUCAUUAAAAAUUCCAUUUCUGUUGCCAUCCGAGGAGCCAUCCCUGACUCCGAAGAUGCCAAAACAUACCUUAACUCUGUAGAGGAUCAAUUUAAAGGGACUUCAAAGGCCCAUGCUAGUACCUUGAUCAUUAAAAUGUUGACUACCAAGUACAAUGGGGUCGGUGGUGUGCGUGAGCACAUAAUGAUGAUGAGUGAUAUGGCAAACAAACUCAAAAGUAUGGACAUGGAAAUUAGUGAAGGCUUUCUCGUCCACUUCAUAAUGACAUCUCUCCCUUCUCAGUUUGGUCCGUUUAAGAUCAAUUACAACACUCAAAGGGAGAAAUGGAAGAUGAGCGAACUAAUUGCCAUGUGUGUCCAAGAAGAAGAAUGA